AUGGUUGGCGUGGGUAGUGCAGUUUUUCUGCUAACAAUAUGGUUACAAAUUCGGUACAUUUAUAUGGAAACUAUUGAAUUGGACAAAGAACAUUGGACAUUUCAAUCAAAAAAUGGUUCUGUUCGUGGCAUCGCAAGAGUCCCCGGUAAUAUCUACACAGAUCUCUUCAACAAUAAAAUUAUUGAUGAUCCACUGUAUGGCAGUAAUGACCAAAGUUUAAAAUGGGUUGCUGUAACAGAUUGGAUAUAUCAAUGCAACUUUAUAAUUCCGCAUCGUUGGACUAAGUAUACUACCGUACUUUUGAGGGCCGGGGGUCUUGAUACUGUGGCCAAACUUUGGUUGAAUGGCAAUUUGAUAUUGAAUUCCUCAAAUCAAUUUGUUUCACAUCUGAUUGAGUUGGAAGUUUGGAAGCCUGGUGUUAAUAAUUUGACUAUCAAAUUUACUUCACCAGUCAACUAUGCAUUACAACAGUCUGAAAAGUACACUAGAAUUUAUCAGCAUGAACUUCCUCAAAUUUGUCCACCGGCUAGCUUCAGAGGUGAAUGCCAUGUUAAUUUUAUCAGGAAAAUACAAGCUAGUUUUUCAUGGGAUUGGGGACCUGCAUUCCCAACUGUUGGAGUGUGGAAGUCCCUGUCAAUUGAAGGAUUCAGCACAGCUUUUAUUAACCAGGUGUCAGCAGUGGUUGACAGAAUUGAUGACGAGUUUUACUUGACGGUUGAAGCGUCAGUGUUUAGCGCUUUCCAAGGGGUUGGCAACUUCUCAGUUACGGUGCCCGCGUUAGAAGUUGAUGAAAGAACAGAAGUUAAACUUACACCAAUGAAGUUACAGACUCUGACAUCCACAUUUCGGUUCGCGGUAGAAACCGUUGAACUAUGGUGGCCGAAUGGAUAUGGCAAACAGAAUUUGUAUAGAGUGGAUGUAAAAUUGAAAAUUAAUGGUAAACAGAUUGAAUUCAAUGGAAAACUGGCAGAUGAUGAACUGACGGCACCUUCGUUAAAAGUUGGAUUCAGAACCGUAAAAUUGAAUCAGAAUUACGUUGAUAAUUUGAAACCAGAUAAGGGCAGAAAUUUUUACUUUAUCAUCAACGAUGUGCCAGUAUUCCUCAAGGGAUCAAACUGGAUUCCGGUAUCGGCUUUCCCCUCAAAUAAUCACACUGAAAGGCUCCACUUUAUGUUUGAUUCAAUGGUUGAAGCUAAUAUGAAUGCUCUACGUAUUUGGGGAGGUGGUGAUUAUGGAACUGACGAAUUCUACUCACUUGCUGAUGAGAAGGGGAUUUUGUUAUGGCAUGACUUUACAUUCGCUUGUUCCCUGUAUCCUACGGAUCCAGCGUUUUUAGAGAGUGUCCGUACAGAAAUAUCUCAACAGGUUUGGAGACUGAGGCAUCACCCUUCAAUUUUAGUUUGGGCCGGAAAUAAUGAGAUUGAAGCCGACAUUGCAGGGAUCUGGUAUAGCCCUGUGGGUUACAGUCAUGAAGACGUGGCUGCUGAUUAUUUAUUGCUUUUCAAUGAAACAAUUGGCUCAAUUGUUUCUGAACUGGACGGCACUCGCCCUUACCUUCUUUCAAGUCCUUCCAACGGGAUUGAAGCUGAAAAGGGUGGCGGCAUUUCUUCACAACCAGGCAAUGAGUUAUACGGUGAUAUUCACUUUUACAACGAUCUACGCAACCUCUGGAAAGACACCGCUUAUGAAAUACCGCGCUGUUCCUCAGAAUACGGUGUUCAAUCUCUACCUGCUAAGGAAACUAUGCUUCAUUGGAUAGACAAAAGUGACUGGACUUUUUUCAACAAAGUUUUUGUUGCCCGGCAACACCGACCGGGGGGAAAUCCUUCUCUUAUUCAUUCCGUCUUUUCACAUUUCAAAAUUCCAGCAUCAUGCAAUACGAAAGGUUCACCUUUUGAGUGUGCCAGAGCCAAUCACCCCUCAUUUCUCUCCCGGUUUACUUACUACACUCAGAUGAAUCAGGGUAUUGCUUUACAAGUCCAGACAGAACAUUAUAGAAGAUGGCGAGGUCGCCUAAAUGAGGAUGGUCGCGGUAAUACAAUGUGCGCACUUUACUGGCAACUUAAUGAUAUUUGGAGCGCUCCUUCGUGGUCUUCUGUGGACUUUGACUUGAACUGGAAGCCCGCACAUUACUACGCCAGAAGAUUCUUUGCACCAAUCCUUGUUUCUACGUUCCUUAACAACGACGAAAACUUGGAAGUUUUUAUCGUUUCUGACUCCACGCAAAAACUUCCCUACCAUACUGUUACUGUUGACAUGUUUGCUUGGACAGGAGGAUUCCAACCAGUGUAUAGUGAGAAAACUACCGUUGAUAUACCACCACUUUCUGCCACAAAAGUUCAGUUCCCUGACCAUCAGGAAAUGAAAAAGAAAAUGAAAACUAGUGAAGCAGACUUUGUUAUCCGAGCACGACUCUCAUCUCCAGCAGGUGAACAAAUUGGCUACGACAGCAUCUUGCUGCCUGACCGCUUAUUUAAGAGCGACGAAUCAGCUUUUGGUAACGUGACGGUGACAAGCGUUCAGCGAUUAAACUCAACAUUUUACAAUAUAACAAUUGCCACAGACGGACUGGCGCCACUGGUAUGGGUAAAGACCCGCAAGCAAAUAUUGGGGUGGUUUUCCGAUAAUGCUUUUACUAUGACGGAAAAAGAGAAGUGGAUUACGUUGAAACUUUGGAAAGAAACAACCAGCUAUUUAUCGAAAAACGAUAUUAAAAUCUGCUCAUUAAAAGACUGUGGAGAAAACGAUGAAUAA